CGGCGCUUUACAGCGCACUCGGGGGCAGCUAGUGGGCUUGGAGAUCCGGUUGCAGGACACGCGCUGCCGGCUCUACCUUUCCCGACACAGCCGCCUGAGCCCUUCUCUGCCCUCGCUCGCCUCCUGCUCGCCAUGGAGUCGCUGGCCUUCACCCGGAGGCUCGGCUCGGGCUCCUCGGCCGCGGAGCUCGCCCGGCCCCUGGCCGACGGGCUCAUCAAGUCGCCCAAACCCCUGAUGAAGAAGCAGGCGGUGAAACGGCACCACCACAAGCACAACCUGCGGCACCGCUACGAGUUCCUGGAGACCCUGGGCAAGGGCACCUACGGGAAGGUGAAGAAGGCGCGGGAGAGCUCGGGGCGGCUGGUGGCCAUCAAGUCCAUCCGGAAAGACAAAAUCAAAGACGAGCAAGACCUGAUGCAUAUACGGCGGGAGAUAGAGAUCAUGUCGUCCCUGAACCACCCCCACAUCAUCGCCAUCCAUGAAGUGGGCCCUGCCUUGUUCUACCCAGUGUUCGAGAACAGCAGCAAGAUUGUGAUUGUCAUGGAGUACGCCAGCCGGGGCGACCUGUAUGAUUACAUCAGUGAGCGGCAGCGGCUCAGCGAGCGGGAUGCCCGCCACUUCUUCCGACAGAUCGUCUCUGCCGUGCACUACUGCCAUCAGAAUGGGGUGGUCCACCGGGAUCUCAAGCUGGAGAACAUUCUCUUAGAUGCCAAUGGGAACAUCAAGAUCGCCGACUUUGGUCUCUCCAACCUCUACCACCAAGGCAAGUUCCUGCAGACGUUCUGCGGGAGCCCGCUGUAUGCCUCGCCUGAGAUCAUCAACGGCAGGCCCUACACGGGCCCUGAGGUGGACAGCUGGUCCCUGGGCGUCCUCCUCUACAUCCUGGUACAUGGCACCAUGCCCUUCGAUGGGCAGGACCACAAGACACUGGUGAAGCAAAUCAGCAAUGGCUCCUAUCGGGAACCGGCAAAGCCUUCCGAUGCCUGCGGCCUGAUCCGGUGGCUGCUGAUGGUGAACCCCACUCGCCGGGCCACCCUGGAGGACGUAGCCAGUCAUUGGUGGGUCAACUGGGGCUAUACCACCCGUGUUGGGGAGCUGGAUGCUGUGCACGAAGGUGGACACCCCAGCAGCGACUCUGCCCGUGCCACCUCAGUGGCUGACUGGUUCCGGCGCUCCUCCCGCCCCCUCCUGGAGAACGGAGCCAAGGUGUGCAGUUUCUUCAAGCAGCACGUACCGGGGUCGGGGGCGUCGGGGAGCCCCUGCCCCACCAGCCUGGAGCGCCAACAUUCGCUCAAGAAGUCCCGCAAGGAACACGAUGUGGCGCAGGCACGCCAGGGCGUCCCUGCCGGAGACACCUCCCCUAGACUUGGCAAGAGCAAUCUCAAGAAGAAGCUGUCAGGCUCCAGCCACCCUCAGGAGCCCAGCCUGGCUCCUGGCCACCCUGCGCAGCCCGUGCCCAUGCUCCCCAAAAAAGGCAUCCUCAAGAAGCCACCGCAGCGUGAAUCUGGCUACUACUCGUCCCCAGAGCCCAGCGACUCAGGGGAGCUCUUGGACACAGGUGACGUGUUUGUGAGCAACAAUCCUCUGGAGCCGAAGCCCCCUCAAACUUCCUCGGGGCUGCCGCAUCCCAAGGGCAUUCUCAAACUCAACGGCAAGUUCUCACGUGGGGCUCUGGAGUGCACAGCCCCUACCACUUUUGGUUCCUUGGACCAUCUGGCCUCCCCGUGUGUCCCACCCCCCCGGGCCAGCCGUCCCCCCUCGGGAGCCGCUAGCGAGGACAGCAUCCUGUCCUCUGAGUCCUUUGACCAGCUGGACCUGCCUGAGCGACUCCCAGAGCCCCCGCUGCGGGGCUGUGUGUCAGUGGACAACCUCUCUGGGAUGGAUGAGCCCCCCACUGGAGGCCCUGGCAGCUGCCUGAGGCGCUGGCGGCAGGACCCCCAGGGGGUCAGCUGCUUUUCCCUGACAGGCUGCCAGGAGGUGACCCAGACCUACCGACAGGCACUGGGGCUCUGCUCCAAGCUCAGCUGAGGGGGAAAGAGUGUUUGCCUUGCCCCAGCAUGGGCAGGCUCUUAAGAUGCACCUGGCUGCACCCCCGGGGGACAGUGUCCCAGCCCCCGGCAAAGCUGCACGUGGAUACAGCGUGGGCAGGGUUCUUCGCAUCUUCAGACCCUGUGACCCAAGAUGUUGAAAAGAAAACCUGUAGAGCGAAGGGGAUGGCCCUGCGUGGCUGGCUUCCAAUUGUCUGGGUUUUGUGCACUGGUUGGGAGAUGGGAUGGAGGGGUUGAGCUGUUACUGCUGUGAAUAAGGUUUCCUUGAUGGCCACUGUGGGCAGCCUCUUCCCUGCUCCAUCACCAGCGUGGAGUUGGAAACACACACACACCCCAAUCCCUAGUGGCAGCCACUAGAAUUAGAAUGUUACCUCUGAUGUUCCCUAGGGCUUCCUGGGGAUGGACUGGAGUAACCUUCCUUAUUUGUCCCAGCAGAAAGGGAGGAGCCCAGCGCCUGCCUCCUCCACACCUCUGUCCCCUUCCCCCUCCUCCAAACCUGGCCUGAACCCCCUGGCGUCGCUGCUACAGACCUCCAGGGCCUGGCCAGGCUUCGGCUGCUGUGCUGAUCUCAUCGGGGAGGCUACCCCGCCUUGGACCUCAGAGACUCAGGACUUCUGCCUCUAAGCUGCUCCUGAAAUCCGGACUGUGGAUGGAUGCAACUCUGGGCUUU